AAAAACAACUUUCCACUCCACGUAGUAUUGCUUUGUGCUUUAGUACUUCAGCAAUUAAAAUACUACAAAAAUACUAGUAAUAUGACUCCAACAAUUAGAAAUUAAUUAUUGUGCCAAUUUUGCACACAAAACUAACUAACUGAGCCAGUGUAUCAAGUGUUUAUUCUAUUGUGUCACGAUUAUACGCAAUAUUUAACAGUGCAAGUUUAAUCCAGUGAUUUAUAUAAAACUUGCCUAUUUAUAAUUACAUUUCACCGGCUCGUCAUCCGUCGGAUCAAUUUUGACUUUAAAUUUAAAAAAUGUCCAAGAAUUCUGGAAAAUCUAGAAGAUUUGUUCCAGAGAAGGAAGAGAAACGUCCCAGUGUGUUUGAACGAUUGGGAGUUCGCAGAGAUAAUUCUAGCAUCGCUAAUUAUACGAGCGAGUCUCGUUGGCCAGACACAAUGCAAGGACAUAGUUCCUCAACGAGAGAACGAGACACGUCCCGCCCCCGUGGCAGUGGUCCCCUUUCCUUCGACAAACGCCAAUCGCCAAGUUUCUCCCCUCCAGUUAAAAACAAGGAAGCGAAACUAUCUACGCCGAAGAAGAGUAAUCCCAAUUCAAAGAGGUUACCACGAUCGGAUGAAAAACGCGGGAGUAAAAAAGAUAAGCAGCGGUCCGCUGACAAGAGCAAGACUAUUAUCGACAAGAAGAAGAAGAAAGGACAAAAAACAUCGUCAGCCAGCUCUGGAGAGACGUCGGACGAUGACAGUUCAAGCAGUCAGUCUUCUUCAUCCUCCAGUUCGACAAGUUCGAAUAAUUCGUCAUCAUCUGAUAGUUCUGUCCCCUCUGUGCAAUUAAACAGUGAGAAAACUAAGGCUAAAAAACCUCUAAAAAGCAAAGUUCUUGAUAACAGCGGUAAGAAACGGGCCCCACUUCCUGCUACCGCUACUUAUCACUCUUCUCGCAGUAGUAGUUCUGGAGUCGAUUCAUCGCCCACUAAGAGGGGACCGAUUCCGAUAGAUUUGAGAGAAAAGUUAAACGCGAGGUCACCUUCAGGUGGUGUCAGUAAGGAUCAGUAUCAAAAGAAGAUUCAACCAGGCGAUAAACGACCGAAGCCGUAUAAUAAUAAUAGUGGACCGCUACCAUUGUUGGAUGAUCGAAAUAAAAAACGAGGGCCGCCAGAUCAUCAUACUUCUUCGCAAGAUGAUAUGAAAAGACGACGAUUAUUGUCACCACCACCGCAUAUAGGUAAUAAAUACAGAGUUGGACCUCCGGAAGAUCCACCUUAUCAUCAUCGCCGUGCUCCGCCUCAAAUUCCAAUGCAUUCCGAACAUCCGAAGCGUGGAAGAAGUCCGCAGAGCUAUCAUAAUAAGGAUUCACAUCAGCAGGGUCAAAGAUCAACCCACUCCUCGGAUAGACGUCUCGAUUUGCCACCACGACGCCACCCAGCAGACCGCCCCGAUGUCCGUAAUAAUGACCGAGGAGACCGAAGAAAUUCUCCUUAUAAUUCAAAACCAGAUUACGACAAGAGGAGAGAUCCACCUCCUGAAUUCGGUCGAGUUGGUGGUGGUGGUGAUAAUCGCCCACGAGAACGUGUAGCUCCUCCUAUUCGAUCAUCACAAAUGGACAUGCGGCAGGAUCGAGACAGAAUGGAUCAGCGUCCACCAAAUAACGAUUAUCAAAGACGUCCCACACAGCAAAUGAGAUCUCCGUAUAAUUCUUCUUCUGCUGACCAGGGUCGGAAUAAUAAUAAUUUCAACAAUAGCUACAAUAAAGGAAGUCCAGCCCCGUAUGAAAUGGAUCGUCAGAGGUUCCCCCAACAAAAUUCGACCAGUAGACCGGACGAAAAGCGACAGACACUUCUUCCCAAGAGCAAAGAAGCCUUGGCAGAAAGAUACGAACAAAUGAGAAAAUCUGGCUAUGUCGACAAAUGGGUUGACGAAACGGUGAAAGCGACUCAUGAUACGCAACGCGGUUCUGAAGAUGCUCCAUCCCCAUUGUUAUCAACGCCUUCAUCAAAGUCCGCCCUUUCUCCGGCUAGAUCAACUACCAAGGCAGAGGAUAAAGAUGCAGGGAAGGAUGCCAACAAAAUCGAGGCAAUACUUCCUCCCGUCGAUGACCUUAGCGACUUUAGUGACGAUGCAGACGAACUCUUAAACGUAAUUCCUCCAGAACCUCCUGCGGAAACUGAACAAGCAGUUACAGAAGAGUUAAACAAGUCUCCUGUUCUCCCUCCCAAGAAAGAACUUGCUCCUGAAAAACAAACAGUUAUUGAAACACCCGUCCCAAUUCAAAAACGAUCUACAAGCAUUGAAAACACGACAACUCGCUCAACAAUAAGUCAAGAUCGGUCAUCAUUGGCGGCAAAAGUUUCCAAAAUGCAGACAAGUUUGCCCAGCCAAAGUCAAACGGACGAUAUCUUGGAUAGAAUGGACUUUGAAGAAAUUUCGGACGAAGAGCUUGGCGAGGUUGAGAAUAGGGUUCAUAUUGUCGACGCCCUGGGGGUGGAUUGGGCCAGUUUGGUUUGCCAAGAAAAGCGAUGUGACGAACAAACUUCGGCAAACUUAUCCAAGUCGACGAGUGCUCGGAAGCGGUGGCGACCUAUUAACAUACUUAGUGGCAGAAUUUCAAAGAAACUUGCUGGGGAAAGCUUGUAUAAUAGAAUUCUCGAACUCAAAAAGGCUGAAGAUGCGACAGAUUCUGCAGAGAAUGAUGGCACCCAGGAGAAGGGUACCGCUAAAAAGGAUACCGGUGUGCUGGAAAAAAUUGGUCUGGGACCAAAUUCGAGGGCAUUAUCAUCCCGGCGAGAUAUGGCCGUGAGGCGAUACUUAUUGGAUUUGCCCCCGAAAAAUCUGCUGUCACUGGAUUUAUUUCAUAACAAUACGACAACCACAACUCCGGAAAUGGACUCGAUCGGGGAACUGUAUAAACUUAGCAUAGACAUGUUUAAAGCAAGUAGUGCUGUUUCUUCAUCUUAGAUUUUUUUCUGUUCUUGGGAUAGUUUAUUAUUAUUAUGUAGCACAUACAAAACGAUCGUAUUUACAAUAAUCCAUAGUUCUUAAAAGCCGUGCAAUGUCACACUUUUCUAAUAAUUUUCGAAUUUCUAAAAUAUAUCGAGUUCUAAACAAGAAUUACUAAAAAAAAAAGAAGUCUGUUCAUCUCCCUUCCAGCACCGCAAAUCAAAUCAAUUCUCUUCCAUUCGUUCAUUCAUUCAUUCCUAAAUAUGUAAAUAUUUAAUUUACAUUUAAUCAUUAAUAACAAAAAAUAUAAGGUAGUGGCAACUACAUACAAGAGUAUCUGAAAAAUAUUUAGACUUAUCGUUACAUCAUCAAAUCAGUAGAAAACUCAGUCACUCAUUUAAUAACUACGAUAAAUAAUUAAUCCAUUUUCUAA